AUGGUGAAAGCUAAGCUCGCCGUGGCAGGGUUGCUUAGUUUGGAGAGAAGCCUUUUUGCCACUCUAGCAUAUUCACUGCCUCAGUACCCUGCACACUGGGCCCUGCGGUCUCAGACGUCGAACGGUAUGGCGAAGGGUGAGAGGCGAUCAAGUCCAAGGUUGCUCAGGACGUUUUUGAUUCUAAGCCAAGGCGACGCACGCACGACUCACCAUGUCAGACUGUGUACUUACAACGCGAGAACAGUGUCCACAGAUGCUGACCUGCAUGCCCUUCUCGGAGCUGCAGAGCGUAUCAAAUUUCACGUGAUUGCUCUGCAGGAGACCAAGUGCAGAAGAAGCGACGUACGACAGAUGAAUGACGGUACACUCGUCAUUCGUGGAGAGAAGGUUCCGUCGCGAAACGUAGGCGGUGUCGGUUUUGUUGUGCACCCAUCUGUCGUCCAUCUUGUCGAUUCUCACGAGAUCCUGUCACCUCGUCUGGCCAUUCUUCGCCUCCGCCCUCUGCGCCAAAAACCCAUCAAUAUCAUCAACUGCUACUCACCAACAUCAGCAACUGAUGAAUCCGAAUUGGAUGCGUUUUACGAGCAGCUGGAGAAAGUGAUCCGCAAUGAGAAGACCUUCUAA